GCAGGGGGAGGAAGGCUGCUGAAAGAGGGCGGGAACCUUCACAGAGAUGUAGUUGAGAAACUUAACUGACGCGCUUUUUGGCUUGAAUAGUGGAAACAUCCCAGUUUAUCUGCUGACAAAUACAGCAGAGAUGGAUGAGAGAAUAUGAUUUAUUUAUUCCGUCUUUAAAAUAUACUUUCGCAGUUUUCAUCAACCUGUGAAUGAAAGACAGACGUCAGCCGCUCAGUCAGCCGCGUUCACAUGGGGUUUGUUUUUGGGGCGUCAGUCUGUGUAUCAUAUCGCAGGGAUGUCCGCACAAGGGUUGCUAAACAGCGUCUUCUCAUGUUCCUCAUCGGGCUCUAAAACCCUCGCAAAGAGGAAACUGCACCAGACUCGCAGUUUGGAUUCUGCGCUGAUCAGAAACUGCGGGGCGCCUGGAGACGCCAACGGUCAUCGGUCAUUCUGUUGGAGCUCGAGCUCCACAGCUGGAUUUACUAACAGCCAGAACGCUCCAGAAAGCCUCGCUGCGGACUCCAGGUUCAAAAAACGUCUGUCUUCGUCGAGUUUGUCGACAGCUUCAGACGCUUCGUCGAUCUCCAAUCUUCAUUUCGACUACAGAAGCGGCAAACGCAGCGCGUCCAGGGAUUUAUCGCUCAAUCUCACUGGCUCCAGCAACAUCUUCUCACCGAGAAAGUGGCUUCAAAGAAAGCUGCCUCAGUCGGAUGCUGUUUCGCACAAUAUCUGUAAAUCUGAGGGAGAUUUCACCUGUAAGAAAACGGCGGGUCAUAAUUUCCACAUGCAGUCGGUUCCCAUUCAGAGUCUGUCGGAGCUGGAGAGAGUCCGGCUGCAGGAAGUGGCUCUGGUCAGGCUGAUGAAAGACUUCGAUUUGGGAUGCCAGAUCACCAUCCCGAAAGAUGGCCAGAAGCGGAAAAAGUCACUCAGGAGGAAGCUGGAUUCUUUAUCGAAAGAAAAGAGAGACAAAGAGUCGGACCCCCAGGCGUUCGGCGUGCCGCUCUCACAGGUGAUUUUUAACGACCGUCGUCACAAGCAGCUGCAGGAGGAGCGGGAGCAGGAGGAGCAAGAGGAGCAGCGGAGUCCAGUGGAACGAGUCUCUUCACUUCUGCACCUGACGGGACGCAGAUCCACCAACAAGGAGCUUUCCAGCAGUAACUCGUCCCUCAGCUCGUCCUCUGAGACGCCCAACGAGAGCACGACACCCGGCACGCCGGAGACGGCGCUGCGCUCGCGCAGACGGGGCGGUAUGUCUGUGGACUGCAUCACUGAUCUGGACGACAGUCACUCACGUCUACUCGAGGCUCUUCAGCUCUCCAUGCCGGUGGAAUCGGCCAACGAGAAGAAGAAGACAAGCGACACGAAACUCAGCCUGAACCCCAUCUACAGACAGGUGCCGCGUGUGCUGGACUGCUGCUGCCAACACCUGCAGAAAUAUGGUCUGCAGACGGUGGGCAUUUUCCGGGUCGGAAGCUCCAAGAAAAGAGUUCGACAGCUGCGUGAAGCGUUCGAUCAGGGUGCAGAGGUUGUUCUGGACCAGCGGCACAGCGUUCAUGAUGUGGCUGCGCUGCUUAAAGAGUUUCUCAGAGACAUGCCUGAUCCUCUGCUGACCAGAGAACUCUACUCCGCAUUCAUCAGCUGCGCAUCUCUAGAUAAGUCGGAUCAGCACACGGCCAUACAGUUACUCAUCUGUCUGCUUCCCGCCUGCAACAGCGACACCCUUCAGUGUUUACUUCACUUCCUGUCCAACGUAGCCAAUCACGCGGAGGAUUCGCGGGACGGUGAUGGAAACAAGGUGAUUGGUAAUAAGAUGACAUCGCUGAAUCUGGCCACCAUCUUCGGGCCGAACCUCCUGCACAAGCAGAAGAGCUCGGAGAAGGAGUUCAGCGUGGAGAGUUCGGCGCGUAUGGAGGACAGCGCCGCCAUCAUCGGCGUCGUGCAGCACAUGAUCGACACGCACCAGUCCCUCUUCACGAUCUCAGCGGAGCUGCAGAACGAGGUUCUCUUGAGUUUGUUGGACACGGACAGUGAUGUGGUUGAUUAUCUGCUGAGGAGGAAAACACCACAGUGUGAUGAGGUGAAGAGCUCCAGUGGAGAAAUCUCUCCGUACGAUAACAACUCUCCGGUGCUCUCAGAGUGGUUUCAUCCAUCAGGAGCGGAGGAUCAGAGUCCCACAAACCUCCAACACGCUCUCGAUGGGAACAACACCGUGAAUUUCUGCCUCUCACCUUCACAAGCCAACGCCGGGGAAACGAUACAUGAUAAGGCUCGUAUCUGGCGAACACGACAUGCUCUUCUGUCAGGACUGCAUGACAAACUCCUCACAGGUUCAGAUGGACACCUGUAUAAACGUGCCUCCUCUGACGUCUUCUAUGAUGACGACAGCGACGCAAAACCUGUGCAUGACACGCAAAUGUCUCGUACGAACGUCCCCGCUGAAUGUAAACUACACCUGCACGUCACAAGCGUGGACGGCAGUCCUCUGAACGCCCCGCGCCAUCAAACCAUUCCAGUCGCAUCGAGUCCAUUUCACCAGUCAGCGGAGGGUGACAGACUUCCUGCCGUGUCCGUGCAGCCGCGUGUCACUUCCUGUCAGGGUGUGGCGUCACAAUUGCCAUCGAAGAGCUUCGGUGCGGAGCAGCAUCCAGAUUGGCCUCUGGAGAAGUGGCAAAUAUGGCAACUCCUGUCUUCGGAUAGUAUAGACACACUUCCAGAGACUAUGGUGUGAAACACAGUUUAAAGGGACAGUUCAGCCAAAAAUGAACUUCUUAUAACUAAAAAAAAGAAGAUAUGUGAAGAACAUUAGACUUUUAUUAAAAUGGACAUUUUGCAAGACAAUUUCUUUUAUGUCCCACAGAGGAAAGAAAGUCAAACAGGUGUGGAAUGAGUAGAGAAUGACAGAAUGAGCAUUUUGGGGUGAACUGUCCCUUUAAGAGCCUUUAAUUUGCAAAUGAAUUUGAAUUGAAUCGGCCACAACACACAGAAUGUUAAAUUAAAGUCUUCUUUAAAAAUAAUUAUAAAUAUACACAUUUUAGAAUGUUUUAAGGUUUUAAGUUAAAGUUUGAGGUCAGUAUGAUUUUUUGACCAAAAUGAACACUUUUAUUCAGUGAGGAUGCAUUAAAUUGAUCAAAAGUGACAGUAAAGACAUUUAAAAUAUCACAGAAGAUUCCCACUUCAAAUAAAUGCUGUCCUUCGAACUUUUUAAUUAUCAAAGAAAAUCCUGGAAAAUAAAAAAUCAUGUUUCCACAAAAAUAUAAAAUGUUUUCAGAUUUUCAGAAAUGUUUCUUGAGUAGCAGAUCACCAUAUUAAAUUACAUUUUUAAAGAUAUUCACAUAGAAAACAGUUCAUUUAAAUAACUGUUUACAUUUUAACAUUAAGGAAUGUUAAAUUAGUUAAAUAUUUAUAAUUUACAAUAAUAUUAAUUAUUAGUAUAAAGAUUUUAGAUUAAUAUUUUAAUGUUUUAAGUUUAAAUUUGAGGUUUUUUUUUUUUUUUUUUUUUUUUUUUUUUUUUGACAGAAAUUAACACUUUUAUUCAAUAAGGAUGCACUGAUCAAAAGUGAGACUAAAGACAUUUAAAAUGUUGCAAAAGAUUCCUACUUCAAAUAAAUGCUGUUCUUUUGAACUUUCUAUUCAUCAAAGAAAAUCAUGGGGGAAAAAAUCAUGUUUCCAUAAAAAUAUAAAAUGUUUUCAGAUUUUAUAAUAAUCAUAAAUAUUUCUUGAACAGCAAAUCAGCAUAUUAGAAUGAUUUAUGCAGGAUCAUGUGACACUGAAGACUGGGGUAAUGAUGCUGAAAAUUCAGCUUUGAUCAGGGAAAUAAAUUAUAUUUUAACAUAUUCACGUAGAAAACUGUUUUUUUUUAAAUAACUGUUUAAAUUUUAACAUUAAAGAAUGUUAAAUUAGUUAAAUAUUUAUAAAAAAAUAAUUGUUAAUAUAAAAAAUUGAGAUUAAUAUUUUAAUGUUUAAAGUUUAAGUUUGAGGUCAGUUUGAUUUUAUUUAUUUUUUUUUUUUUUUUAACAGAAAUGAACACUUUUAUUCAGUAAGGAUGCGUUGAUCAAAAGUGAGAGUAAAGACAUUUAAAAUGUUGCAAAAGAUUCCUGUUUCAAACAAAUGCUGUUCUUUUGAACUUUUUAUUCAUCAAAUAAUCCUGGAAAAUAGAAAAUAAUUUUUCCAUAAAAGUAUAAAAUGUUUUCAGAAUUUAUAAUAACCAGAAAUGUUUCUUAAGCAGCAAAUCAGCAUAUUAGAAUGAUUUCUGAAGGAUCAUGUGACACUGAAGACUGGAGUAAUGAUACUGAAAAAUUCAGAUUUGAUCACAGAAAUAAAUUAUAUUUUAACAGAUAUUCACUUAGAAAAUAGUUAUUUGAAGCAUUAAAGAAUGUUAAAUUAGUUAAAUAUUUAUAGAAAAUAAUAAAUAUAAAAUUUUUAGAUUAAUAUUUUAAUGUUUAAAGUUUAAGUUUUUUUUUUAAGAAAUUAAUACUUUUAUUCAGUAAGGAUUCAUUGAUCAAAAGUGAGAGAAAAGACAUUUCAAAUGUUACAAAAGAUUCCUAUAAAAUGUUUCAGAUUUUGUAAAAAUCAUGAGCAUAUUAGAAUGAUUUCUGAAGGAUCAUGUGACACUGAAGACUGGAGUAAUGAUGCUAAAAAUUCAGGUUUGAUCACAGAAAUAAAUUACAUUUUAACACAUUCACAUACUAAACAGCUCUUUUAAAUUGCAAUAAUAUUUCACAUUUUUACAGUAUUGUUGAUCAAAGAAAUGCAGCUUUGCUGAGCAGAAGAGACUUUUUCAAAAACCAUAUGUUAAGUAUAUGAGCAUGUUCAUUGGUAAUUAUACAAAAAAAUUAAAUGCCUUAUUAAAAAGUACUCUCUUAGCAGUUAUAUAAAUUUAUUUUAAUAUAAUUUUAUUUCUACUUAGAUUAAAAACUAAAAUUAUAAUUCUGCAUCUUGUGUGUUGUGGCCAAUUUCAAUCAAAUUACAGAUUAUGAACUGAAAGAAGCCUUAAAUUCUGAAUUCACUUCAGCCUCAGCUGAAGCUCGAUUGAAUUUAUAUAUAGAAUAUAUAAAAUAAUCACAGAUCAUUUCCCAAAGAUGCACAACCCUAUUUCCUUUCAGUACUUUGGUCAUUUCCAGAAACUCUCAUUUAUUAAACACAACAAACAUUUGCGCUUUGGAGAUUUUAUUUUGCUUCAUCUGUCAAAAAUGCAUCAUAUUUCCAGCCUUUUCCUUCUCUCAUUCAUCAGCUGAAUGUGUCGCUGAUCAUGUUUAGAGUGUUUUUGACUUCCUGUCAUCAUGUAAAUGUGUGUCAUCAUCACUUCAUAAGGUAACGAGCAUUUUUACGACUGCAAACUUACAGAAUGUCAUAUUAACGACAUCCAAUGUAUUUAUUUAUUAAUGUUAUUUAUUAAAUUAGCCACUAGUAUGUUACCACUGUGUAUAAUGUGUAUAAUCACCACAGAAUGAUUUAUUUCAGAGUUAACUGCUGCUUCAGUAUCGCUUUACAUGCGUACAAUCACAUUUCGUUUUCAAUAUAUAAUGGAUAUUAAUUCAUGUUCCUGGUUCAAUUGCCUGUGAUUUAGUUGUGCACGCUAUACUGAAGAAAAAUAUUUAUCUUUAUAUCUUUUUUUUAUGUAAUAACUUGCUCUGCCUUUGAAAUAAUGUAGUAUUUUUACUGAUGUUUCUCAAAAUGUGCUCGUUCAAGAUGUAAAUCAGAUUUCCAGAAAUCUGACAUUCCAUCAUUUGCUCAUCAAUGGAUGUGAAUGGGUGCCGUCAGAAUGACAAUCCAAACGGAUGACGUUAACUGAUGGACUGAAGUGGUUUUGAUUACUUGUGAAUUAUUGUGAUGUUUUUAGCAGCUGUUUGGACUCUCAUUCCGACGGCACCCAUUCACUUCCAUUGGUGAGCAAGUGAUGCAAUGACACAUUUCUGCAAAUCUGAUGAGGAAACAAACUAAACAAACAAAUUAUAAUUUUUUUAAUGAGCAUUUCCUUAAUUUCUCCGGUCUACAACCACAUGAAGAACCAAUCAAUCACGUCGUGUAUGCGAGUUUAUAUACGUUCAUAAUGAUGAGUGAGUUUUAAUACUUCAUUAUUUUCUCUGUCAGUGUUUUGUUUGAUAUUUCUGAUAUUUUGUACAGUUAAGAAUGAUAUAAUGUUGAUCAUUUUAUAAAACAAAUAUAUAUAUUUUGAUAAUCAAUUAUUUUUAUCCAAAUAGUAGGAGAAAGAUCCAAACUACAGAGUGUUUUUAUGAUGUUUAUCGUGUAUCAGAAGUGUGGUUGUUUUCAUGCGUUUCAUAUCGAGUGAAUAUCAGCAAUAGACUUUUUGGAUUGUGCUUUUGUUUUUGUUUUUUGUUGUUUUUUUGCCUGUAGUCAAAAACAUCUGUGUUCAGAAACGCAAUAAAAUGAAUGUCUGUUAAA